AUGAGGAGUGUGGCGAACUCUGGGCUUGCGACACGUUUUUGGGAGGACCGCUGGCUUGAUGGCAGCCGGAUUCAAGAUGUUGCACCGCUCCUAUACAGCCGGGUUCCAAAACACAUCAGAGACUCCCGGUUAGUUGCACCGGCGGUGGAGAAUGGGAGUUGGGCUUUGGAUGUUGGCCCUGACAUCGGACCUGCCGUGUUUUGCACGAGUUCUUUGUGGUGGUCUGGUCGUGGGAGGCCACCGGACAGUUCUCCGUCAAAUCUGCCUAUGAGGCUGGCUUUUGGGGUCGAGAAAGAAGACUGCUUGGGCGAGGAUCUGCGAGGCCUUGGGCAAACCGGAUUGGACUCCCACUCAACAGGACAAGUUGGCGGAAUGGGCUGUGGACAAAACAAAAAGAAGAAGGCCAGCGGAGGCAGGAUGUCAAAAGGAAUAUUGACUUCAGAAAGUUGCCCAACAGGUGGACGAUCAGAAACCAUGGCCGAAUCGUGCUCUGUGCGGGUUUUGGAAUUCGGACCUUUUGCUGGUGGUGUGGGGUUUCCGCUCCGUGGUGAGGUGCGGGAGGGCUUAGGGGACGCCCUGAAGCUGUUCGGCGUUAUUUCUGUGAGCAUCUUCCACUUGGUUCUCAUGGACGACAAGACUGAAAAAGGGAAAGAGAAGGAUGGCUCUGCUUCCACUCCACCCAAUCGCCGCAAAGCCGGACUUAAAUUUUCACCCAAGGUGCCUACUAAGAAGACACCAAAAAUUGUCCCUAAGAUGCGCAGUGCUUGUGCAAAGAAAGUAAUGGUGGGAUUCUACAGGGAACCGGAAGAGGAGAGGGAGCUUGACACAAUUGAUAAGGAGUUACUGAUGAAACUUAGAAUACCACAGAGUCAAGGUGCUCUCGAAAGAAGAUCCAAGGCUGAGAAAAGUGAAGCCUGUGUUCAGGUUGCAUUUGGACAAGUGAACUCUUCAACUGCAAGAUCCUUCCCCAACCCUAAAAGUUCUUCAUCAGUUAAACAAGAGCAGGAGGUAAACCUUUUUAGCAAGUAUAUGAUGUCUGGCGUUACGUCUUCUGCUGCAAAGUUACCCAAACAGUUCACUGGACCUCAGGACUUUACCCAUCACAGCUACAACUAUCCUCCUAUUACUCUCCCUCUGAGGAGGCCCCACUCUGCAGAUCCAGGUUAUGGUGUUGUUCAUUUUUGCAGUUUUUGGCUUUUUGCCACAUCAUGCUCACAGUUUGCCUUUCAAAAACGCUUUAAUCGACAUUCUUCUAUCUUCGGUACAGAAGAUUUUGACAAAGACGCGUUCGGAGAGUUUUCUUCCAGCAGAACACAAGAUGGUGAAUUAACUGCAGCUAAAGAACUUGGGCUAAUGGACACUGAGGACAAGAUGAAUACACCACAGUUGCUCUUCUUCCAGUUCCCUGCAUCUCUUCCUUUACCGCAGGUUGUAUCAGUUGCUGGGGGAGAUAUGGACACCAGUGACAGUGAGGGGGUUGAAACAGAAGAAACCAACAAGAAGAGGAGACUCGAGUCGAUCAACGGCUGUAAGCUAAAAGAUUUGCCAGGUGGUCUCAUGGGGAAGCUGCUCGUGUACAAGAGUGGUAAAGUGAAGAUGAGGCUUGGAGAUGCACUCUUUGAUGUUUCAGCUGGUUUGGACUGCACAUUUGCUCAAGAGGCUGUAGCGAUCAACACAAACAAGAAGCACUGCUGCAGCCUGGGGGAGGUGAACAAGCGUGCCAUCCUAACUCCUGAUAUCGAGUACUUGGUAGACUCCAUCAAGAGGAUUGGAUAG